UCUCCAAAUGCAGGGGGACACUGCUUUGGCUAGGUGGUUCCGAAACGGUCACAGAGCGCCAACCCUGCAGCUGAGGCCAGGGAAAGCGGACUUGAGCCGUCACUCCGGAGAGCUCUGGCGUCUGAAGGGACCGUCGCCCCGUGCGCCAGGAGCCCCUGCUCCUGCUCCGCGUGGCACUUCCGAUCGCGGCCGCACGCUGCAGCCCUCCCCAGUCCCGCGCCCCGCCCCCGGGCGCGCGGCGCCCCCAGCUCCGACCCGCUGCCGGCCCCGCCCCGCCCGGUGUGCCCACCCCUGGCCCGCCCCGCAGCCCCUAGCCCGGCGCCCGCCGCAUCCCCGAACGUCACCGCGCCGGCAGACGGACCGGCCGGCAGUUGGCACCCGGGGCGCUGGCGCUUCCGCGACUCCGCUCUCCUGCCGACCACCUCGGGCGCCGGGAGUCAGCGAUCCAGGCGGCGGCGCCCGCCGUGCAGGGGUCGGCAGCGGGCGGGCAGGAGGCUGCAAGGCAGAGAUCGGCCAGCGCUCCGGCAGUCCGGGGCGCGCCCCAACCUUGCCCGAAGCCCGGGCUUGGGACUCCGGCCCCUGCCUGGCCCGCGACCCCUCACGGGCCACAUGGCUCGGCUCCGCGCGCUGCUGACCUGCCUGCUGCCCUUGUACUGCGCGCUCUGUGCCGCCGCGGGCAGCCAGACCCCAGAGCUGCACCUCUCCAGGAAGCUCAGUGACUACGGUGUGACUGUGCCCUGCAGCACAGAUUUUCGGGGCCGCUUCCUCUCCCACGUGGUGUCUGGCCCCGCAGCGGCCUCCAAGGGGAGCGUGGUAACGGACAGGCCACAGUGGCACUCCAGUCACCUCAGGGUGGCCCGCAGCCCCCCGCGCCCAGAAGGAGGGACCCUGCAGCCUGGCCGGGUGGGGCGCCACUUGCUCUACUUCAACGUGACCAUUUUUGGGAGGGAGCUGCACUUGUGCCUGCGGCCCAACCGGAGGUUGGUGGUGCCAGGAGCCUCAGUGGAGUGGCAGGAGGAUUUUCGGGAGCUGUUCCGUCAACCCUUGCGGCAGGAGUGUGUGUACACUGGAGGUGUCACUGGAAUGCCCGGGGCAGCUGUUGCCAUCAGCAACUGUGAUGGAUUGGCGGGCCUCAUCCGCACAGACAGCUCCGACUACUUCAUCGAGCCUCUGGAGCGAGGGCAGCAGGAGAAGGAGGCCCGCGGGAGGACACAUGUGGUGUACCGCCGGGAAGCCGUCCAGCGGGACUGGGCAGAACCUCACGGGGACCUUCACAAUGAAGCCUUUGGCCUGGGCGACCUUCCCAACCUGCUGGGCCUGCUGGGGGACCGUCUGGGCGACGCGGAGCGGAAGCGGCGCCAUGCCAAGCCCGGCAGCUACAGCAUCGAGGUGCUGCUGGCGGUGGACGACUCGGUGGUUCGCUUCCAUGGCAAGGAGCACGUGCAGAACUACGUGCUCACCCUCAUGAACAUCGUCGAUGAGAUUUACCAUGACGAGUCCCUGGGAGCCCACAUGAACAUUGCCCUCGUCCGCCUGAUCAUGGUCGGCUACCGCCAGUCCCUGAGCCUGAUCGAGCGUGGGAACCCCUCGCGCAGCCUGGAACAGGUGUGUCGCUGGGCGCACUCCCAGCAGCGCCAGGACCCCGGCCAUGCUGAGCACCACGACCAUGUCAUCUUCCUCACCCGGCAGAACUUUGGGCCCUCAGGUAUGCAAGGGUACGCGCCUGUCACUGGCAUGUGCCACCCCCUGAGGAGCUGUGCCCUCAACCACGAGGAUGGCUUCUCCUCUGCCUUUGUGGUGGCUCACGAGACCGGCCAUGUGCUCGGCAUGGAGCACGACGGGCAGGGCAAUGGCUGUGCGGACGAGACCAGCCUGGGCAGCGUCAUGGCGCCCCUGGUGCAGGCUGCCUUCCACCGCUUCCACUGGUCCCGCUGCAGCCAGCUGGAGCUCAGCCGAUACCUCCCCUCCUAUGACUGUCUCCUCGAUGACCCCUUUGAGCCCACCUGGCCGCAGCCCCCGGAGCUGCCCGGGAUUGACUACUCAAUGGAUGAGCAGUGCCGCUUUGACUUCGGCACCGGAUACCAGACCUGCUUGGCAUUCAGGACCUACGAACCCUGCAAACAGCUGUGGUGCAGCCACCCCGACAACCCGUACUUCUGCAAGACCAAGAAGGGACCCCCGCUGGAUGGGACCGAGUGCGCUCCAGGGAAGUGGUGUUUCAAAGGUUACUGCAUCUGGAAGUCGCCGGAGCAGACUUACGGCCAGGAUGGAGGCUGGAGCUCCUGGACCAAGUUUGGGUCGUGUUCUCGGUCAUGUGGGGGUGGAGUGAGAUCCCGCAGCCGGAGCUGCGACAACCCGCCCCCAGCCUACGGAGGCCGCCUGUGCUCAGGGCCUUCCUUUGAGUACCAGGUCUGCAACAGCGAGGAAUGCCCUGGGCCCUACGAGGACUUCCGGGCUCAGCAGUGCGCCAAACGCAACUCCUACUACACCCACCAGAACGCCAAGCACAGCUGGAUCCCCUACGAGUCUGAAGAUGACGCCCAGAAGUGCGAACUGAUCUGCCAGUCAGCAGACACGGGAGACGUGGUGUUCAUGAACCAGGUGGUCCACGAUGGGACGCGCUGCAGCUACCGGGACCCUUAUAGCCUCUGUGCCCGUGGCGAGUGUGUGCCCGUCGGCUGUGACAAGGAGGUGGGGUCCAUGAAGGCGGAUGAUAAGUGCGGGGUCUGCGGCGGUGACAACUCCCACUGCAGGACCGUGAAGGGGACUCUGGGCAAGGCCUCCAAGCAGGCAGCAGCAGCUGCCAAACUGGUGCAGAUCCCGGCGGGUGCCAGGCACAUCCAGAUAGAGGCACUGGAGAAGGCCCCCCACCGCAUUGUGGGGAAUAGGAAUCUGUGUGACCCUCUCCCCUGGCCAGCGGUGAAGAACCAGGUCACGGGCAGCUUCAUCCUCGACCCCAAGGGCAAGGACGCCUCAGGCCGGACCUUCACCGCGCUGGGCCUGGAGUGGGAGCACACAGUGGAGGACGCCAAGGACAGCCUCAAGACCAGUGGGCCCCUGCCCGAAGCCAUCGCUGUCCUGGUCCUGCCCCCCACUGAGGGUGGACCCCGUGGCAGCCUGGUCUACAAGUAUGUCAUCCACGAGGACCUGCUGCCCCUCAUCGGGAGCAACAACGUGCUCCUGGAGGAGACAGACACCUAUGAGUGGGCACUCAAGAGCUGGGCCCCCUGCACCAAGGCCUGCGGAGGAGGCAUCCAGUUCACCAAGUAUGGAUGCCGACGCAGACGUGACCACCACAUGGUGCAGAGACACCUGUGCGACCCCCGGAAGAGACCCAAGCCUAUCCGCCGGCGCUGCAACCAGCACCCGUGCUCCCAGCCCGUGUGGGUGGCGGAGGAGUGGAGCAGCUGCAGCCGGAGCUGCGGGAAGCUGGGGGUGCAGACUCGGGAGGUGCACUGCUUGCUGCCCCUCUCCAAUGGCACCCGCAAGGCCCUGCCAGCCAAGGUGUGCCCUGGUGACCGUCCUGAGGCCCGGAGGCCCUGCCUUCGUGUGCCCUGCCCAGCCCAGUGGCGGACAGGAGCCUGGUCCCAGUGCUCGGCCACCUGCGGAGAGGGCAUCCAGCAGCGGCAGGUGGUGUGCCGGACCAACACCAACAGCCUUGGCCAGUGUGAGGGGGACAAGCCAGACACUGUCCAGAUCUGCAGCCUGCCAGCCUGUGGAGGAAAUCUCCAGAACUCCACAGUGAAGGCCGAGGAGUUGGAGACUCCAGAGGGGCAGUGGCCCCUGCCUCCCAUGAACAAGAUACCAUCAGCAGAGCCCUGCGUGGGGGACAGGUCCAUCUUCUGCCACAUGGAAGUGCUCGGCCGCUACUGCACCAUCCCUGGCUUCCGCCGCCUGUGCUGCAAAUCCUGUACCGAGAGGACCUCGGGCCUUGCCACUAGCCCGGACCCCGGCCGGGCCUCGCCUCCACCCUUCUCAACUCCUGGGAGCUCCUUACCAGAACCCAACGCCACUCCAGAGGCUGUGGAGCCCACCAGGGGGCCAAUCGAGUCAGACGACCAUCAGCGAGGCCGACCCACCCAGCUCCCGGGACCGCCGGACAGGGGCUCCUCAGUGGCCCAGCACCGCACGGCCCCGCAGACACUGAGCCCUAGAGCAUUCGGGGGCACCUCCCCUACCAUUCCUCAGGGACCACCUUGGGGCAGGACCCAGCCACCUGUGCCCGCCUCCGAGGGCCAAGGGCAGCCCAGGGAGGAGCCCAGGCAUCCAGGCCCUGGCCUUCCUGCCACCUCCCCGGUGACCUGAGCCUGCCGCACCAUCCCGCCCGUCAUGUUUACACGCUGCGUACUGCCCCCCGCGACCCCAGCUCAGAGGACACACUGCGGGGCAGGGGCAAGCGCAGACUUCCUUUUAAGUUAUUUGCUUUUUUGUUCUUGUUUGGGGCUGUGAGGCUCUUUACCCCACGGCGGGGUGGGAGGAAGAUCAGGGAAAGCCCCAACCCAGAUACCUCAGCCGCCGGCCGGACGACCUCUCAGGGCUCCUGUGGUCUCUCCCACUAGGACCGAGGGUUGGUAACGGUCGCUCCCCACAGCCCUGGGCCCGGCAGGUCUGAAGCUCACGCUGGGAGCUGCCGGGGCUUCCGCUUUCCUAGGGAGGGCUGGAGGAACGCGGAGCGGGCCCCGGGGAAGUUGGGGGCUCCUCAGAGGGCAGGCUAAGGAAGGGACCAGGGCAUGCCUGGUGGGGAGGCGUCCCCGCUGCAGGCUGGCAGGUGGCCGGCAUUGGUCUCAGGUCCAGCCCUCCUCAGCUGAGGUGCCCACGCAGCUCCCCUCAGUCAGGGGCAGAGGCCACUCCCCUUUGCCAGCUGGAGAGCAGCACUUGUGGCCACACUCAGCCCCUGGGGUUGUCACUUCUAUUAUUUAUGGUGGUUCCAGGUUACAGAUUGGCCUUCCAAUUGCAUACCCAGAUGUCCAGAGAAGGGGGCCCAGGGCACCUGGACCCUACGUCCUAUCAGGGGUCUCCAGACUGGUGCUGUCCACGGCUGGAGCAGGAAGAGUGACUUCGGUCCUUCUCCAGGGGUGGAGGGGCCAGGCUUGGAAGUGAUUGUGGACGCAGAGGAGAUGCGGUUCUUAGGCUGGCCCCUCAGUCAGUGCCCUCUGCCUGAGUCCAUGCCUGCUGGAGUCGGGGUCUUCUCCCACCUGACUGGAGCUGGGCCAGAGGCAUGGUGCUCCAAGGGGCAGCCAGGCGGAGAGAGUCCACCCAGCAGGGCCCUGGGGAAGAUGAGGGCAAAAUGCCAGCCUCCAUCCCAUGCAGGAGUAGGGGGACACAUUGACCCGUGGUGCUAUAGGGCCUCCGUUGACCCAUGUGCUGUAGGGCCUCGGUCAGGCCAGCUGCCUCCCGGCCUCCUCCAAGGGGCAGGUACCAAUCCUGGACCCUUUGGCUCUCAGGUUUCCAGGCUGUUCCUGGGGGUCCUCACUCCAAGGUGCUGAGGGGUCUCUCUCUGACCCUUCACGGGGGAAGCGGUGCUUGUCAGUUCAUGCCUUCCGUGGCCUGGGACCUCCUUGAGCAGAAGCUCUGGGGCUCCCCUCCAUGGAUGGCUGGGCACGGGUGGAAUCAUUCCCGGAGGGCAGCCGGGCCCGGGUUAGGGGGUGUGAACUCCUGCACCCUGGAGACCCGGAUCUUUACAAUGUUAUGUAUUUAUUAACAUUGCCCUUUUAAAC